GCGGGGCAGGUGACAGCGGCGGCAGCGCGGCGCUGCCCGCCCGCCGCCCGCGCGCCCCCGGCAUGAUCCGCGGCGCCUGGAUGUCCCCCCGCGGGGGCGCCGCCGGCGGGGCCGUGUGCUGCGCGCCGCGCCGCAGCGACAAGCCGGUGGCCGACCCCGAGCGGGCGCAGAAAUGGCGCCUGUCGCUCGCCUCGCUCCUCUUCUUCACCGUGCUCCUCUCCGACCAUCUGUGGCUCUGCGCCGGGGCCAAGCUGCGGGCGCGGGAGCGGCCGCGGGGCCGCGGGCCGCGGGCGCUGCUGGCGGCCGAGCCGGCGGGCGGCGGCGGCGGCGGUGGCGGCGGCAGCUGCGAGGCCCUGCUGGGCAACCUGAGCCGCGGCCCCGGCGGGCCCUGCCCCGCCGCCCGCGGGGACCUGGACUCGGCGUGCGCCCGGCUGCUCGCCCCGCAGCGCCCGCGGGCCCCCGGAGCGCCGCUGCGCUCGCCCCCCGCCGCCGCCGCUGCCGCCGCCGCCGCGCCCUUCUUCGCCUCGCCCUCCUCCAAAAGGACCUUCCUGCAGGCUUACUUCAGGAACUUCAACCUCUCCUUUUGUGAUACUUACACGAUCUGGGACCUGCUGCGGGAGAUGGCCGGCCCCGACGGCCUGGACUGCAGCCUGGACAACCUGAUGGUGGACCUGGUGGUGGCGGCGGCCGGGGCGCUGGGAGGGGAGGCCUGUAGCAGCUGCGUCCAGGCGUACCAGCGGCUGGACCAACACGCUCAGGAAAAAUACGAGGAGUUCGACCUCUUGCUGGAGAAGUACUUGCAGUCGGAAGAGUACUCGGUCAGAUCCUGCCUGACGGACUGCAAGGCUGUCUACAAGGCGUGGCUGUGCUCCGAGUACUUCAACGUGACCCAGCAGCAGUGCCGGCAGCGGAUCCCAUGCAAGCAAUACUGCCUGGAGGUGCAGACCAGGUGCCCCUUUGUGUUACCGGACAAUGACGAGCUGAUCUAUGGAGGUUUGCCUGGCUUCAUCUGUACGGGGCUGCUGGAGAACCAGCUGCCCAAUGAGGAGGCCAAGUGCUGCGAGGUGCAAUGGGACUCCUGCGAGCACCCCCCAGACAGCAACGAGGACACAUCCCCCAAAUCCACGGCCUCAGAGUCGCUCCAUUUCCACCGCCACGACCCCCACCUCCAUCACCAGAGGCAGAACCACUACCACCUCUACCACCACCACCACCACCAGUACCACCAGUACCACCAGCCCCGCUCCCCGUCCUUGCUGCCGGUCUCUGCGGGGUCUCGCCUCAGCAGCAGCAGGAUCAGACUGUGCGUGCUGGUCCUGAUGCUCCUCCACACCAUGGUGUCCUUCUCGAGCGUGCACGGCGGCGGCGCCGGGGGGCUCGGCCUGGAGACCCCGCCCGCCCUGGAGGAGAGCGUGGCACGGGACGAGUGACACAGAGGGCAGAGCCGACCUCCAAGGAGAACGCCAGAUCUUUUUCCAUAAGGGGGGCACAUGCUAUUCCUCCAAUGGGAGGCACGGGAUUGGGGGUGGCUCACACGCACCCCCGCACAUCCCCCAAGAGCUGCUCGCGCGGGGCAUCCCCGUGGUGAAGAGUCUCUAACGCGCACAGGGCUGCGGCACCCGGCGCCAGAAGGGUUCGGGCAGGGGCAGCAUUCCCGGCCCCGCAGGAACGGCACGGGGGCGGGGGGACCGAGGGGAGGGGUCCCUUGGGUGGAAGGGUGUCCCCAUGGGACUGCUGACUGUCCCCCGGCUGCUGCCGCGAGUGCCUUGGGCGCCCGCGCCUCCCCCGCCCGCGCCCUGCCGAGGUUUGACGGUCGGCCCAGCCCAGCCCAGCCCAGCCCAGCCCUCGUUCCUUUUCUCCUGGCUCUGUGAAUCCCGAGGGAGCAGUUGGAGGGGCAGCAGCUCCCGGCACAGCCGGGCCCACUCCUGUCCCAGGGAAAAGCCACCGGCUCGGGUGGGGCGCAGUGUCCCCAGCGCGGCGCUGCCUCGCUGCUGGCGUUUGGGGACAGGAGUGGCACGGCUGUGACACUGCACUGUGGUACCACUCGGGGUUGGUCUCACUGCAUCCCAACCUGCUCCUCCAGCCUGGCCUUUCCUGCUCCUCUAUGCGAGGAGGAGGAGAGGGAGGAGGCACGGAGCAGGAGGGAUGUCCCCAGCAUUCCCACAUCCCACUCUGCCAAGUGUCCUGAUGAUUUGGUGUAACCUUUUUCGUUGUCCUCCCUGGCUGGUGGGACUGGUCUCAGUGAGGAGCUGGGGAGAUGUGACUCCAGCAGCACACAGGCUGUGAGGGAGAGGGUUCCCACGUGGCAGCAGUUGGAUGCAGGGAAUCCCAAAGGCAUCCUUCCAUGCUUCCCAGCUACAAAUCAUUGACUGCAUGGCAGGAGGACUGGGCAAACAGGCUGGAGAAAUCUGGCUUGAAGGGAGAGUCUCCCACACAAAGAGGCACUAAUAAAGCCCAGCUAGGGAGGA